AUGUUCCAGCGUAUCCGCGGUGCCAUUGAUGCUAGGAUAGCCGAAGAACAAGCCCGGCAGCGAGCCAGUCAGGAGGCUCUGUCCCGCUCGAACUCAGCCGCCCGGAAGUCCAACAAUGCAUCCCCUUCUCAACGAACAAGCCGAGUGAAGCAAGAUGGUUCUGGAAUCCCAUGUCGCGGACCAGACCCAGCCGAGUUCGAUGGUGACACCAUUAUUGGAGAUGAUGAGUCGGCAACAGAGGCCGCCUCAUCUAAUCAAGGGCCAGAGAAAGCUGGGUCAGAAAGCUCAGGGCAGCAGGCGAAGGGAGAUGCUAAGGAGACCUCUACAACUGGGUCGAAGGAUGGAUCCGUGAAUGAGUUACCCACCGAUAUCCGAGUCAGACUGCGAAGGCUGGAUAAGCUGGAAGCUAGGUAUCAAGAGUUGCUCAAGGCUUAUCGAGCCGCACACGCCCGAGUCCUUACUAUCGAACCGUUCGAAACUGCUCUUCGUGAAAAUACACCUCUCACGUCUAUUACAGAUCCUCGUGCCUUGACCGAAUAUCUAAACCAGAUUUCAUUAAAAGGUGAUAUGGUGGUGGAAGAGUUGAAGCGGGUGUCGUCAGAGCGCGAUGAGUUCAAGGCCAAGGUAGAAAAUGCCGAGAAAUCCGCAAAGGAAGCUUUGGAUGAAGUGUCCAAGCUGAAGAAUAGAAAGAAUUCCACCGGAGACUCCCAGGCAGAGGAUAAGGAGCAAGCUACGCCGACUCCUCCACCGAUUAGUCCACAUGAAGGGGAAACUUCGGAUAACCCAAAGAAAUCACCGGCACCUUCGAUGUCUUCGAUGACAACUUCUAUCCCUGGCCUAUCCAUAUUUUCUCCAAAGACGAAACCAGUCUCUUCACCGCCACCAGUUGAGGAAGCUGAAGAGUUCUUUUCCUUCGACAAUGAGAUACCGCGGUUAGAGUCUGAGAUCAAGGCUCGUGACAAGGAGAUUACUGGGCUCAAGUCUCAGGUGAAAUCAUUGACAGACGAUCUCGCCGUGGCUCGCGAGUCAACUGAGGGCAUGGUUCACAGCCUGGAAUCUGCCACCCGCAAGCUUAGUGGGUUGCGUGAGAGUAAAGAUCACCAGGAAGCUAAGCUUGCGAGCCUGGAGUCAUCUUUCAAGGAAAAAAUUACGUCUUUGGAGUCUAAACUAGAGUCGGUUUCCUCGAACCUAGACAAAUCUACUGCAGAGGUGGAUGAGCUGAGGUCCCAGAUCAAAGUGAAAGAAGAAGAAAUCAACCAGGUUAAAUCAGAUUUGAAUGUCCAAGAGCAGAGCCAGGAGAACAAUAAAGGCGCUGGCAAACGGUUGGAAAUUCUACAAGGCGUUGUAACGAAUCUGAAGUCUCAACUGAAGGAAGCCGAAGACACGGUAUCGUCCUUAAAGGCAGAGUUGUCUACAAAGGAAGCAGAAACAAAUUGUCUCAGUUCUGUGGUUAGCUUCAUUGAUAAGGGCCUUGAUGAUAAUGAGACCUGGAAAUCCGUCAGAGAGCGAAUUGUGCAAGGCGAACAUGUUGAUUUUGCAGAAAUCGAAAAGAGCAUCACAGGUACUGGUCAUUUGAAACCCGCCGGAGACACCGAUAUUCCCUCUGCUACUAAUACUGCCCCUGCUGCCGCUAAUGCCGCACCUUCAAGUUCAAAAAAGAAAAACAAGAAGAAGAAGAAAGGUACCAAACAGGAACCUGAUGAACCUGCUGAAGUGGUAAAUGCCAAUACACCGCUGCCAAACUCCAGCGCUAUAAGCGACCUUGAGCUUAAGAUUCAAAAACUGGAGGUAGAGAUCGCGGAGAAGGAUGCCGCAAUUGAUCGCCUCUGCUUGAAGCUCAAGGGAGAGGAGAACCUUCGUGAGGAAAUAGAGACUCUUCAGGAUGAAGUUAUAAGCCUUGGGCAGGACCAUGUUGAGGCAAAGGACAAAGUCAAAGAGUUGCUUGCAGGCAAAUCUGCUCUUGAGCAUCGUGCUGCAGAAUUUGAGAAGGAGAUAGCUAGUCUACGCUUGAGUUCUACGCAAUCAUCUGAUGCCGAGAAGGCUCAUAAAGAUUUGUCAGUGGAAUUUGAGGACCUGAAGUCAAAAGCACUGAUCCUUGAGACGGACCUAAAUGCUGCUCAACAGCUUGCUGCUACUAGGUUCAAAGAUGUCUCCGAUCUUCGAGAGUCUCUGCAGAAGAUACAACCCGAGUUACGCUCUUUGCGAGCCGAGUCGGCAGAGCUCAAGACAGUGAAAGAAGAAUUGAAGACGAAGACAUCACAAGUAUCAGACCUGGAGCAGAAACAUGAGGAUCUACGGUCAGAAAUGAGGAGCCUACAAUCCUCUAUCCAGGAAAAAGACUCUGAGGUUAAAACGCUCCGCCAGAAGAUCAGCCAAGAGAGUAAUGGAAGACUAAAAGCAGAGCAAGCUCUCGAGAUAGGGCAGGCCGACCUGCGCUACUCUGAAGGGAAGAAGCAAGAGGCAAUCGAGGCAAACGAGAAGACUCUACGAGACCUCUCGAAAACUGAAGAGGAUCUCCAAGUAUCACAGUCUAAGCUUCGCGAUCUUGAAGGACAAAUAUCCCAACUUAACAGAGAUAUUGAACAGCUACGUGACGACAUCAAGCUAAAGACAGCCCAGUAUUCCAGCGCUCAAGGCCUGAUGAGUAGCAUGCGAGACCAGGCAUCGGAAAUGGCAAUGCAGGUAAAAGAGACAACCGAAAGAUGCGAGGGUCUAGAAGAGGAGGUUGCCGAUGCGCAUCGCCUACUCUCCGAGAGGUCUCGCGAAGGAGAAACAAUGAGGCGGAUGCUCUCAGACAUUGAGAUAAAGGCAGACAUUAAAGUUCGAGAACACAAAGAGAGACUUGAAGCCGUUAUCGAAGAACGGGACCGAGCCGAAGAUGAGGCUAACUCGGCAAACCGAAGAAGAGCCAGGGAGAUUGAGGAGUUAAGGACGAAGGCAAGAGAUGCUGAGAAGGCCCUGAGGAGGAUGGAAGAAGACAAAGACGAGGUAGAACACGCACAAAGGGAAUGGAAACGGCGACGAGUCGAGCUGGAAUCACAGCUUGAACGCUCUAACCAAGAGCUCAAUGAGGUUAAAGAUGCCAUGUCACAUUUGCGGGAUGCACUCGAUGAGAGCGAGCGUCAUGCAAAGGACCUAGAAAAGGAGAAGACCGCCCUUCACCGGUCUAUUGAGGAAACGAACCAACGCCUUGAGAAGCUCAAGCGAACCAACAAGUCUCUCGCUAGCGAUUUGAAAGCUUCCCAGCUGCCGAACAAGCGCGGGAUCGACUCUGGUAACCGGUCACCACGCUCCUCUCUUGAAUCAGCCAGGCAGCGUGGCGUCACAUCUCCGCCUCCAGGCCCAAACAGCGGUCGAAACGGCUCAAUAUCACGGAACGAUACACCUACUCCAAUUGACUACGUUUACCUCAAAAACGUACUACUACAAUUUCUGGAGCAGAAAGACCGAAACCACCAGAAGCAGCUGAUUCCAGUUCUAGGGAUGCUGUUACAUUUUGAUCCAACGGACGAGCAGAAAUGGAUGUCAGCAAUAACAUCACGAUAA